AUACUUUUCUUUUUACUUUCUCUCUCUCUCUCUCUCUAUCCCAAAGCGGAACACAGACCCACUUCAUCACUUUACCUCUCCGAUUCGAUCCAAAGAGAGAUUAAAAAUGGCAAUCAACCGCCCAAUCGAACCCAUCAGCAGCCAUGAAAAAAACUUCCUCCCGAGACUCCAACUCGUCGGCGGUGGCGGCCGCUCACCCCGAGUCUCCUCAUUCACCCCUCCGCUUCCACUCCCCGCUCCGCUCCGAGCUCGGCGACCCCCCUGAUACCCCUCCUUAUGCCUCUCCUGCUGCCUCCCCUGAGAAGCCUGGCUCCAAGCCCCCCACCGUCGACAGCUACACCCAGUGCUCGCUGAUCCCGUCCCCCUCGCCGUCUCCCGACGGCUGGAGGACUCACGGGGAUGCUAACUUCUCAGCCAAGGCCCCCCCGCCGGUGACCGUCCUCAGCAGGGCGGUCAGGCAGGAGGGGAUGCCUCCCUUGACGAAGUCGCAGGAUCGGCGGGCUGCUCCGGUGGCUGCGGUGCUCAGGAGGCCCAGGAGCAAGGAGUCCCUGCUGAUGGUGGCGCUGGGUUUUAGGGUUUGCGAGUUCAUCCUCUGCUUAAUCGCUUUUUCGGUCAUGGCGGCAGACAAAACUCAAGGCUGGAGCGGCGAUUCCUUUGAUCGCUACAAGGAAUAUAGGUAUUGUGUAGCUGUAAAUGUUAUCGCUUUCGUAUACUCUGGGUUUCAAGCCUGUGAUCUGGCCUACUAUUUGAUGAAUGGGAAGCCUAUCAUACUCCACCAUUUCCAUAGCCACUUCAAUUUCUUCAUGGAUCAGAUACUCGCAUACCUUCUAAUAUCGGCCUCGUCUUCAGCGGCCACCCGGGUUGAUGAUUGGCAGUCAAACUGGGGGAAAGACAAAUUCACCGAAAUGGCCAGCGCCUCCGUCAGCAUGUCCUUCCUUGCAUUCAUCGCCUUUGCCAUCAGUUCCUUAAUCUCCGGUUAUGUCCUCUUUACCCCCGACAUUGCUUGAUCCUGUCAAACCCUUAAAACUUUGGCACUUUAGUUCCUUACGAUAGAUACGUCUUCUUUUUCUCUCGCUCAUCGUAUAUUCAACGUUAUCAUACAAUGUAUAGUGCAGAGAUAGCGUAAACAAUAAGUGCAACAGUUCAUUUACUUUACUAUACGGUGUAAUAAAGCCGAAUGGUUUGGAUAAUGUUUGGGGAGUCAAAUAUGUUUAGUAGCAAUAAGAUCUGCCGUGAUUCAUGUCAA